AGUGACUCGCGGGCGGAGCAGGAAGGAAACCGCUCCCAAGCGCCGAGGCACAGCCGCUCCCACCGUCCCUCGGUUGGUGUGCGUAUCCCUCUUCCAGAAGCAUGAGUGGCCUGCGCGUCUACAGCACGUCGGUGACCGGCUCUCGUGAAAUCAAGUCCCAGCAGAGUGAGGUGACCCGCAUCCUAGAUGGGAAGAGAAUCCAAUACCAGCUACUGGACAUCUCCCAGGACAACGCCCUUCGAGAUGAGAUGCGAGCCUUGGCGGGCAACCCAACGGCUACCCCACCCCAGAUUGUCAACGGGAACACCUACUGUGGGGGCUAUGAACUCUUCGUGGAGGCCGUGGAGCAGAACACACUGCAGGAGUUCCUGAAGCUGGCCUGAGUCAGGAUGGUCAUAGUCCUGACCCAGCUCCUCAUGAGGACCUUGAAGGACCUUGUGACCAACUCCCUGUCAUUCCUAAUCUUCUGACCUUGGAGUCUCUCCCUAAAAACCUGGGCCCUUUCUGUAGCCUCCUCUCCUUCCUUUAGAGGCAACAUUCCUUACUCACUAACUUGUUUCAGAGAUUGUCUUAAGCAAAGCCACCAUGCUGGCUGUCCCUAGCCAGGCCUUGGGGCUAUCUCCCUGUCUGGCACUGCCUGAUGGGUGUUUCUGUCGGUUCCAUCAGCCAGAGCUCUGCCAAAGGCCCCGCAUUCCCCUCUUGGAAGCAUCCUAGAGACAAUUAAAUGCCCAUUCCACUUG